AUGGGAAAGGAUGCGUUCGGAUUGGCCGCAAAAGACAAUUCUGGAGGUCUCUCGCCUUUCCCUUUCUCUAGAAGGGAAACGGGAGAGAAAGAUGUGAGGUUCAAAGUGUUGUUCUGUGGAAUUUGUCACAGUGAUUUGCAUAUGAUCAAGAACGAUUGGGGAGUGUCUACUUACCCUCUCGUCCCCGGGCAUGAGAUUGUUGGCGUGGUGACUGAAGUCGGGACCAAAGUGACUAAAUUCAAAACAGGAGAAAAAGUCGGAGUCGGGUGCCUGGUUGGCUCGUGCCGGUCAUGUGACAGUUGUAACGAAGGUCUCGAGAACUACUGUUCAAAAUCGAUCCAAACGUACGGUUUCAAGUACUACGACGACACAAUAACCUACGGAGGUUACUCGGACAGCAUGGUUUGCGACGAAGAUUUCGUCAUCCGUAUGCCCGAGAAUCUCCCAUUGGACGCAGCCGCGCCGCUAUUAUGCGCAGGGAUCACGGUCUACUCACCGAUGAAGUACCACGGGCUCGACAAGCCGGGCAUGCACAUUGGUGUGGUGGGACUAGGCGGGUUAGGUCACGUGGCAGUGAAGUUUGCUAAAGCUAUGGGUACUAAGGUUACGGUUAUUAGUACUUCGGAGAGUAAGAGAGACGAAGCGAUUAACAAGCUUGGUGCUGAUGCGUUCUUGGUGAGCCGUGAACCAAAACAGAUUAAGGAUGCGUUGGGAACUAUGGAUGGUAUAAUUAACACUGUAUCCGCUGCUCAUUCGCUUGUUCCGUUACUCGGCAUGCUGAAGAAAAAGGGAAAACUUGUUAUGGUUGGUGCACCGGAGAAACCACUCGAGCUUCCUGUCAUGCCUCUCAUCUUCGAGAGGAAGAUGGUAAUGGGAAGUAUGAUAGGAGGGAUAAAAGAGACUCAGGCGAUGAUAGAUAUGGCUGCAAAACACAACAUCACCGCGGAUAUUGAGCUGAUUUCUGCGGAUUAUGUCAACACCGCCAUGGAAAGGCUUGCCAAGGCCGACGUUAGGUACCGUUUUGUGAUUGAUGUUGCCAACACAUUGAAGCCUUCUCCUUAA